ACGUCAUCGCCGGCCCGGGGCCUGCCUCAGUGUGGAGCCUGCGCCUCUCGAGCCGGCCGUACGUCCUGGUUAGUGGCGACCCGGAUUUCGGCGUCGGGGCGUCCUGGGUGACCGGACAGACCCAGCGUUGGUCGGUCUGGCUGGUGAAGGGCUCGGGUCAGGCCCGGCGGCGGGAGCGAGCGGCAGGAGUCGGCCAAGCAGGCCGCCAGCACCGUGGAGCCGGGCCUGAGCCUCCAGCCGCCCGCCCGCCCGCAGGCGCGAUGAAGGCACUGAUCUUGGUAGGCGGCUACGGGACGCGCCUGCGCCCGCUGACGCUGAGCAUCCCGAAGCCCCUGGUGGACUUCUGCAACAAGCCCAUCUUGCUGCACCAGGUGGAGGCUCUGGCCGCGGCAGGUGUGGACCACGUGAUCCUGGCCGUGAGCUACAUGUCUCAGGUGCUGGAGAAGGAAAUGAAGGCGCAGGAGCAGAGGCUAGGAAUCAGAAUCUCCAUGUCCCAUGAAGAGGAGCCUUUGGGGACAGCUGGACCCCUGGCACUGGCCCGUGACCUGCUCUCUGAGACCACAGACCCCUUCUUCGUCCUCAACAGUGAUGUCAUCUGCGAUUUCCCUUUCCAAGCCAUGGUGCAGUUCCACCGGCACCACGGCCAGGAGGGCUCCAUCCUGGUGACCAGAGUGGAGGAGCCCUCGAAGUACGGCGUGGUGGUGUGCGAGGCAGACACGGGCCGCAUCCACCGGUUCGUGGAGAAGCCGCAGGUGUUCGUGUCCAACAAGAUCAACGCGGGCAUGUACAUCCUGAGCCCCGCCGUGCUACGGCGCAUCCAGCUGCGGCCCACGUCCAUUGAGAAGGAGGUCUUCCCCGUCAUGGCCAAGGAGGGGCAGCUGUACGCCAUGGAGCUGCAGGGCUUCUGGAUGGACAUUGGGCAGCCCAAGGAUUUCCUCACUGGCAUGUGCCUCUUCUUACAGUCGCUGCGACAGAAGCAGCCUGAGCAGCUGUGCUCGGGCCCUGGCAUCGUGGGCAACGUGCUGGUGGAUCCAAGCGCCCGCAUUGGCCAGAACUGCAGCAUCGGCCCCAACGUGAGCCUGGGCCCCGGUGUGGUGGUGGAGGACGGCGUGUGCAUCCGGCGGUGCACGGUGCUGCGAGACGCCCACAUCCGCUCCCACUCCUGGCUCGAGUCCUGCAUUGUGGGCUGGCGCUGCCGCGUGGGCCAGUGGGUCCGAAUGGAGAACGUGACGGUGCUGGGCGAAGACGUCAUAGUGAAUGACGAGCUCUACCUCAACGGGGCCAGCGUGCUGCCCCACAAGUCCAUCGGGGAGUCUGUGCCCGAACCUCGGAUCAUCAUGUGAGGGCUGCCGUGGGGCUGCCCGAGCCCCUUACAGGCCGGCCAGGGGAGCACCGGCCCGACACAUCAGAAGGCCCUGGACCCGCUGCCUCUUGUCCGGGGAGGCUGGGACUGUCGGACACCUGCCUUCUCCUGGGGACAAAGUCUGGCGGGACCCUUGCUGGGCACACCCACGAGGCCCACUCCCUCAAGAAGGGCCGGGCCCGGCUGUAUGGAAUAAUAAUUUAAUGCUCACUGUG